UUUUCACUGACAGAAAACCAGCACUUUCAGAACAUAGCCCUACUUGGCUUCCUAAUCUUGGUUUUUGUAGACAUAUCAGCAUAUUUCUCUUCAGUACAAUCAUUCCAUCCAUGAUUGAUGGAUCAAUCCUAACCUCCAAUUUCUGUACUUGGCUUUGGUUUAUGAAGCUCUUCAGGACUGUUUUUAAUUCAGAAAGAGUGACUUUGUCUAAAGAAGAUGCAAAAAAAAAAUAAGAUGCAGUAGUAACUAUGCAAGGUACUUUUUUACGGUGGGCACUCAUUAAUAUUAAUGAGAUACUUUAAGUUCUUUUGUUUUAAUUCUAAGUCUUUGAAAUCCACUGUUGCACUUGUAGCACACCUCAAUUCAGACCAGCUGUAUUUCACAUGCUCAAUAACCACAUGUGGCUAAAGCCUGCUGUAUUGGACAGCAUGGCCCUAGAUGAUCUUAUCCAAACCCUUAAAGUGCCAUUUAUAUCCUAUUCUCAAAUUUAUAUUUCUUGCUUGGACGUGUCUCCUGAACUUCAUACUCAGAGGGUCCAUGUGACAUCAAUUCUUGGAUACCUAAUGUGUCUCUAAUUUAUGUCCAAAGCUGAACUCUUGGUCUCCUCCAAAUUUGCUUUUUCCCAUCUGAGUUACUGGCAACUUCACCGAUUGCUGAGGCCAGAAACAUUGGACUCAACCUUGAGUCCUUGCUGUCUCAAACUUUACGUUCAACAUACAACUCCUGUGGCACUAUUAGUUGAAUGCUGAAGAUAUAUACAGACUGAUUACCACUACCAUGGUCCAAACUCCCACUCUUGUCUGGGUUAUUGCAGCAGCAUCCAGACUGACCCCCCACAGGCUAUCCUCAUAGCAGUAGAUAUCCUUUAACAACAUAAGCCAGAUCAGGUCACUAAUCUGUUCAACAUUCUCCAAUGGCUCCCCGUCUUACUGAGAGUAAAAGCCAAAGUCUUUCUAAUGACCUUCAGAAGUCUAUAGAAUCUGGCCUCCUACUAUUUCUCUGACUUAAUCUCCUUCCUAACUCUACUCUAGCCACUCUUGCAUCCUGCUUUUUCUUUAACACGUCAGUCUUAUUCUAGCUUCAGGGCCUUUAGACUUGCUACACCCUUGCUUAUCCUCAUGGCUCAUUUUCUCAUCUCUUUCAUGUCUUUGCUCAGAUAUCUUUUCAGGGAAUGAAUGAAUGGAUGAAUUAGUGAAUUAAUGAAUGCAAUACAUGACAUGACAUGAAUAGGUGCCAUACAGAGGCGUCAGUGUAAGUGCCACACACCCUUCUAACAGAAGUCAACACACAAUUAACUUUCAUUUUUAAAAAUUUUUUAAACUCUUUUUUUUAAAAGAUUUUAUGUAUUUAUUCAUGAGAGACACAGACUGAAACAGAGAGGCAGAGACAUAGGCAGAGGGAGAAGCAGGCUCCUCACGGGGAGCCUGAUGCGGGACUUGAUCCCGAAUCCCGAGACCACGGCUUGAGUUGAAGGCGGGCGCCCAACCGCUGAGCCACCCAGGGGUCUCUCUUUCAACUUUUAUUGAUCAUAUAUAUGUAACAGGUGUCUAUGAUUCUUUGGUCUUAGUGAAGGGAAAGGUUGAAAUAAUCUUGUGGCUUUAGAAGGUUUUUGAAUGUUUUUAGCACGUAUUAGAACAAACAGCUGACUUCCUUAGUCACUGAGAAAGCAGCGUCUAUUAACAAAUAUAUAUCUUGUCAGAUAACUUAGGGCUUCCUCUUAGGCAAUGAGAAUCUAGAAACAUAAUCCCUCAAUCCAGGCAGUAUUUAAAUCACUGCAAUAUUAGAACACCUGGUUGUAGUCCUAGUUUGACUCUUAGCUUGGCGAAUGACUAACUCACUUCUCCGUUUACUGGCUUAAUUCUUUUAUUCCUAUGGUAAGAUGUCUAAUCUCAUCUAUUGCCCAAUUCAGUCUAAGAUAAUAGGUCAGUAUAUACUUGGAUGUUACAAAUGGUACAAAUAUGUAUGCUUGUGGAGUUUGAGGAUAAAAAGUCUUUUUUUAAAUCUAAGAAUUUAUAAAUCAGGGAUGCCUGGGUACAUCAGCGGUUGGGCGUCUGCCUUUGGCUCAGGGAAUGAUCCCAGGAUCUGGGAUCAAGUUCCACCAUGAGCUCCUUGCAGAGGGCCUGCUUCUCCCUCUGCCUGUGUCUCUGCCUUUCUCUCUCCCUUUCUCUCUGUCGAGUGAAUAAAUAAAAUCUUAAAAACAACAACAACAACAACAACAAAGAAUUUAUAAAUCAGAGCUGUUUAAACCUAGUCUUCCGGUGACGGGCACUGAGGAGGGCACUUGAUGGGAUGAGCACUGGGUGUUAUACUAUACGUUGGCAAAUUGAAUUUAAAUUAAAAAAAAUUUAACCUAUUCUUCUGGUUGUGGUAGACUUGUAGCAACCUAAUAAAAAGGUUGUUAAUCUUUUUAUUUUUCAACACUAUUUUCACUAGCAUCCCUUCUAUGAUUGAUUUUAUAGCUUAUUUUAGUUCACACCUGCCAGUGUUUUAGUCCAACCUAGCUCAAAACAGAGAACCAUGAUCAGCCUGAGUAAUCAACCUGACACAUUAACAUGUGUAGCUCACCUCAAAAAAUGGAUUCGAGAAAAAGAAAUGGAUUUGAUAUUAAAAGGGUGGGGAGAAAAAAGGAAGUAUUUAGGGAAGAGAUGAAAGUCAUUAAAAUGGCUCAAUUCAAUCUAACAAGUUUUAUCGGGUGCAAAACUAUGCCAGUCAUUUUAGUAAUGCCAAAAUAAGCAAGACAGUCUGCCAUCAGAGAAUCUAGCCUAUGAGGUGAAGAAGUGGUGCAUAAAUUACUAAAGUAUCAUGCAGAGUACAGAAAGGAAAUACAAGGAGAGGGGGGAAAACUACCAUUAAUUAAGGACAUUUUUAACAUGUCAGAGGCAGUCACAUAUAUCGACUCACAUAUCUUAACGACCCCUCCAAAACCUCCAGGUAAGCUGAGGGAGGAUAGGGAAGUCGUUCAAGGUCAUCCAAGCUAGAAAGUGUAUACUGGCUUUUGUCCCCAGCCCACGUUCCGAAGCCUAGGUUCCUUUCAAGACGUCAUUGCUAAGAGGGAGAUCAAGGAGGAGUGGAAAGGGAGUAAGCCAAGCCUGGAUACUCCUAGCUGCGGUGGAGGGAACAAAGAGACCAGAGAAGCCGUUCGGGCGGCGGCGGCGUGUGAGCCUUCCCGUCAGAGGCCAUGGAGGACGAGGAGAGACAGAGGAAGCUGGAGGCCGGCAAAGCGAAGCUUGCCCAGUUUCGACAGAGGAAAGCUCAAUCUGAUGGGCAGAAUCCUUCUAAGAAGCAGAAAAAAAAGAGGAAGACUUCAAGCAGUAAACAUGAUGUGUCAACAUACCAUGCUUUGAAUAUUGAACACUCACAAAGUGAUGAAAUGUACAUAAAUAGUUCUCAGAGAGUAGGAACAACUGUGACUCCUGAAUCCACGAUAAUCAAACGUGAUGAGGUCUUCUCUGUUGAACCAGAAAGUGAAAUUUCAACUACGGCAGAUGAUUAUAGUUCAGAGGUAAAUGGUUGCAGUUUUGUGGUGAGAACAGAAAAGUCUACAAAUUUAUUAAGGGAAGAAGAAUUUGGUGCUGAUGAUUCUUACUCUGAACAUGGAGCACAGUACAAUCAGACCCAUCUAGAGAUGAUGGAAAAUGAAUUGGCUGGCAAACAGCAUGAGAUUGAAGAGCUGAACAGAGAACUAGAAGAAAUGAGAGCCACCUAUGGGACUGAUGGACUGCAGCAGUUACAGGAAUUUGAAGCUGCCAUUAAACAAAGAGAUGGCAUCAUAACCCAGCUCACUGCUAAUUUACAACAAGCAAGAAGAGAAAAGGAUGAGACAAUGAGAGAAUUUUUAGAGUUGACAGAACAGAGUCAGAAAUUACAAAUUCAGUUCCAGCAUUUACAGGCUAGUGAAACUCUAAGAAACAGCACUCAUAGUAGCACAGCUGCAGAUUUAUUACAAGCAAAACAACAGAUCCUCACUCAUCAGCAACAGCUGGAAGAACAAGAUCAUUUAUUAGAAGAUUAUCAAAAAAAGAAAGAAGACUUCAAAAUGCAAAUUAGUUUCUUGCAAGAGAAAAUUAGAGCAUAUGAAAUGGAACAAGAUAAAAAAGUAGAAAGCUCAAAUAAAGAAAUACAGGAAAAAGAUGCAAUAAUUGAUGAAUUAAAUUCAAAGAUUAUAGAAGAAGAAAAAAUAACUCUAGAGCUGACAGAUAAAGUCACAGCUGCUGAUAAAUUACUGGAAGAAUUACAAGAACAGGUUGUACAGAAAAACCAAGAGAUUAAAAAUAUGAAAUUAGAGCUGUCUAAUUCCAAGCAAAAAGAAAGACAGUGUUCUGAGGAAAUAAAACAGUUAAUGGGGACAGUUGAAGAACUUCAGAAGAAAAAUCAUAAAGAUAGCCAAUUUGAAACUGAUAUUCUACAAAGAAUGGAACAAGAAGCACAAAGAAAGUUAGAACAGCUCCGGGCAGAGCUGGAUGAGAUGUACGGGCAGCAGAUAGUACAAAUGAAACAGGAGUUAAUAAAACAACACAUGUCACAGAUAGAUGAACUUAAAAUACAACACAAGGGAGAAAUGGAGAAUGCUUUAAGAUCAUAUCCAAGUAUUACAGUGAAUGAAGAUCAAAUAAAGUUAAUGAAUAUGGCAAUAAAUGAACUGAAUAUAAAAUUGCAAGAUACUAACUCUCAAAAGGAAAAACUCAGGGGAGAGCUAGGAGUAAUUUCAGGAGAAAAGUCUGUUCUACAAAGACAGCUUAAAGAUCUUUUUGAAGAAUUGAGCUUUUCAAGGGAACAGAUUCAGAGAGCUAGACAGACAAUAGCUGAACAAGAAAAUAAACUCAGUGAAGCACAUAAAUCUCUUAGUACUGUGGAAGAUUUGAAGGCUGAGAUUGUUUCUGCAUCUGAAUACAGAAAAGAACUAGAACUAAAACAUGAAGCAGAAGUUACAAAUUACAAGAUAAAACUUGAAAUGUUAGAAAGAGAAAAGAAUGCCGUAUUAGACAGAAUGGCUGAAUCGCAAGAAGCUGAGUUAGAGAGGCUGAGGACGCAGCUUCUAUUUAGUCAUGAAGAAGAACUUUCCAAACUAAAGGAGGAUUUAGAAAUUGAACAUCGAAUAGAUAUUGAGAAACUUAAAGAUAACUUAGGCAUUCACUACAAACAGCAGAUAGAUGGCUUACAGAAUGAAAUGAGUCAAAAGAUAGAAACCAUGCAAUUUGAAAAAGACAGUUUGAUAACUAAGCAAAAUCAAUUAAUUUUGGAAAUUUCAAAACUCAAAGAUUUACAGCAGUCCCUUAUGAAUUCAAAAUCAGAAGAAAUGACUCUUCAAAUCAAUGAACUUCAAAAAGAAAUUGAAAUACUUAGGCAAGAAGAAAAGGAAAAGGGUACACUUGAACAAGAAGUUCAAGAAUUACAACUUAAAACUGAAUUAUUGGAGAAACAAAUAAAAGAAAAAGAAGAUGACCAUCAAGAAAAAUUUACACAACUUGAAGCAGAGAAUAGCAUUCUUAAAGAUGAGAAGAAAGCCCUUGAAGACAUGUUGAAAAUGUAUACUCCUGUUAACCAAGAAGAAUUAAUUUUCAUAGACUCCAUUAAGUCCAAAUCCCAAGACUGUAAGUGGCAAAAAGAUAUAGAGAUACUUACAGAGGAAAACGAGGACCUCAAAAAACAAUGUAUUCAGCUAACUGAGGAGAUUGAAAGGCAAAGGAACACUUUUUCAUUUGCUGAAAAAAAUUUUGAAGUUAACUAUCAGGAGUUACAGGAGGACUAUGCUUGCCUUCUCAAGGUAAAAACUGACUUAGAAGACAGCAAAAACAAACAAGAAGUAGAGUAUAAGAGUAGGCUUAAAACACUUAGUGAAGAGCUUCAUCAUUUGCAAAGAAUAAAUCCAACUAUACUAAAAAUGAAAAGUUCAGUCUUUGAUGAUGACAAAACUUACAUAGGAGAACCAUUGGAAACUGUUGAGGUUGUGGAGAAAGAUACAACAGAACUUAUGGAAAAACUUGAGGUAACCAAGCGAGAAAAGUUAGAACUGUCAGAGAGACUGUCUGAUCUUUCUGAACAAUUAAAACAGAAACAUGGUGAGAUUAGUUUUCUGAGUGAAAAAGUGAAGUCUUUAAAGCAAGAGAAAGAGCAAGUUUUAUUGAGAUGUAGAGAGCUCGAAAUCAUCAUUAAUCAUAAAAGGACAGAAAAUAUAAAUGUGUGUGAUGAUCAGUUAGACUCUUUAAAAGAUGGAGUUAUGACUAUAACAAGCAAGGAUUCUGGAGGGUCAAUUUCUAAAAUAAAUAAAGAUUGUGGUGAAGAAUCAAAAAUAAUGGAGGAAUAUAAAAUUCCUUUUCAAAAUACAACUGUUGGAAAAGAAAGCAAGCAAGAACAGUUGUUUUUGGAUCACUUUCCAUUAGUGAGAAAUGGAUCAUUGCUUGGGACAACUGAACCAAAUAGAAAUGAUAAACUUCAGUGGGAACUCAGUGUACUUAAAUCAGAACAGAAUGAUUUAAGGCUACAGAUGGAAGCUCAGCGUAUAUGCCUCUCUCUGGUUUAUUCAACACAUGUGGAUCAGGUUCGUGAAUAUAUGGAAAAUGAAAAAGAUAAAGCUCUUUGUAAUCUUAAGGAGGAACUUAUUUCUGCCCAAGAGGAAAAGAUAAAAGAACUUCAGGAAAUACACCAGCAAGAGCUACAAAAUAUAAAAACACAAGAAACAGGUGGUAAAGCGAAGCCUUUACAAAUGCUCAUUGGAAAACUACGCAAGGCAGUGUCUGAAGAAUGUUCUUAUUUUACACAGACUUUUUGCAAUGUCCUUGGUGAACAUUAUACUCCUGCUUUAAAAUGUGAAGUAAAUGUAGAAGAGAGAGAGAGUUCUGGUCUUCACACUUCUGAAAAUCAAGAACUAGAAUUGCAAGAUUAUAAAUAUGAAGUUCAAGAUUUUCAAGAAAAUAUGCAAACUCUUCUCAACAAAGUAACAGAAGAAUACAACAAACUCUUGGUACUUCAAACACGAUUAAGUAAGAUUCAGGGAUGGCAGACAGAGGAUGUGAAACUUAAGUUUGCAGAAGGAAACCUACCAAAAGAGGAAACAGAGUUUUUAUCAGCCUCUCAGAUGACCAGUUUGCAAGACAUUGACAUUGAUGUCAGUCAUAAAAGCAAGUUAUCUACUCUGCAAGAUUCUGAAAAAAUUAAACAACUUGAAGGACAAGUUCAAGAAUUAGAAAACCUCAUAUCCUCUUUGCAGCAACAAUUGAAAGAAACUGAAGAAAACUAUGGAGCAGAGAUCCAUUGUUUGCAGGAAAGGCUUCAAGCUGUCAGUGAGUCCACAGUUCAGCCAAGUUUCUCCAUUGACUCAGUGGUAAUUACUGAAUCUGAUGUCCGGAAAACAAUAUAUCCUGGAAGUUGUGUAAACCAGAACAUUGAUGGUACAAUAGAGUUUUCUAAUGACUUUGGAGUGAAAGAGGAAACAAACGUGGUUAAGUUGCUGGAAAAACAGUACCAAGAACGAUUAGAAGAAGAAGUAGCUAAGGUCAUUGUGUCAAUGAGUAUAGCAUUUGCUCAACAAACUGAACUAUCUAGAAUAUCUGGGGAAAAAGAGAAUACUACAUUGUCAAAACAAGCACAUGCUUUCUGUCAGCAAGAACAUUUAAAUGAAGUGAAAUUAUCACAGGGUCAAACUUUUGAAGCGAUGGAGAUGAAAUUUAAAGAAGAGUUUAAACCACUUAGUAAAGAGUUAGGAGAAGAUGGAACAGAAGUUCUGUUAUCAAACAGUGAUAAUCUUGAUGAUAUAUUAGAAUCAAAGGACCGUGAACUGACUAUUUCAGAAGAAAUGUUCUCCAAAGAUAAAACAUUUAUAGUCAGAGAACCUAUCCAUGAUGAGAUUUUGGUAUCAAGUAUGGAUGCUUCUAGACAACUAAUGUUAAAUGAAGAACAGUUGGAAGAUAUGAGGCAAGAACUUGUACGACAAUACCAAGAACAUCAGCAGGCAACAGAACUGUUAAGGCAAGCACACAUGCGCCAGAUGGAGAGACAGCGAGAAGACCAGGAACAGCUACAAGAAGAAAUUAAGAGACUGAAUAGACAGUUAGCCCAGAGAUCCUCAAUAGAUAAUGAAAACCUGGUUUCAGAGAGAGAGAGGGUGCUUUUAGAGGAGCUGGAAGCACUAAAGCAGCUGUCUCUAGAUGGAAGAGAGAAGCUGUGUUGUGAGCUGCGCAACAGCAGUACGCAAACACAGAAUGGAAAUGAAAACCAAGAGGAAAUUGAAGAAGAGACCUUUAAAGAAAAGGAGCUAGACAGAAAACCUGAAGAUGUGCUUCCUGAUAUUCUGACCAGUGAAAGAUUUGCACUCCAAAAAGCUAAUAACAGACUUCUAAAGAUCCUCUUAGAAGUUGUAAAGACAACAGCAGCUGUUGAAGAAACAAUUGGUCGCCAUGUUCUUGGUAUUCUAGAUAGAUCUAGUAAGGUCCCGUCAUCUGCCAGCUUGAUUUGGAGGUCAGAAGCAGAGACACCUAUAAAGUCAUGUAUCCAUGAGGAACAUACAAGAGUUACAGAUGAAUCUAUACCAUCUUAUUCUGGAAGUGAUAAGCCAAGAAAUGACAGUAUGUGGUCAAAAGUAACUGAAGAAGGGACAGAUCUCUCAGAACGGCUUGUGAGGAGUGGUUUUGCUGGAACUGAAAUAGACCCUGAAAAUGAAGAACUUAUGCUGAGUAUUAGCUCUCGACUACAAGCAGCAGUUGAGAAACUCCUAGAAGCUAUAAGUGAGACUAGUAGUCAGCUUGAACAUGCGAAAGUUACACAGACAGAGUUGAUGCGGGAGUCAUUUCGACAGAAACAAGAAGUGACAGAGUCCCUUAAGUGCCAAGAAGAAUUGCGAGAGCGCCUUCAUGAGGAGUCCAGGGCCAGGGAACAGCUGGCUGUGGAGCUCAGUAAGGCUGAGGGUGUCAUUGAUGGUUAUGCAGACGAAAAAACUCUUUUUGAAAGGCAAAUUCAGGAAAAAACUGACAUAAUAGAUCGUCUGGAGCAGGAAUUGUUAUGUGCAGGUAAUAGACUACAGGAAUUGGAAGCAGAGCAACAGCAGAUCCAAGAAGAAAGAGAAUUACUGUCCCGACAGAAGGAGGCUAUGAAAGCAGAGGCAGGCCCAGUUGAACAACGACUAGUAAAUGCUGCAGUCGAUGCAGCACCUGGAGCAGAAUUACUGCAGGAGACAGAAAAACUAAUGAAGGAAAAACUAGAAGUACAGUGCCAAGCUGAAAAAGUACGCGAUGACCUUCAAAAACAAGUGAAAGCUCUAGAGAUAGAUGUUGAGGAACAAGUCAGUAGGUUUAUAGAGCUGGAACAAGAAAAAAAUGCUGAGCUAAUGGAUUUACGACAGCAAAACCAGGCACUGGAAAAGCAAUUAGAAAAAAUGAGAAAAUUUUUAGAUGAGCAAGCCAUUGAUAGAGAACAUGAGAGAGAUGUAUUCCAACAGGAAAUACAGAAAUUAGAACAGCAACUUAAGGUUGUACCUCGAUUCCAGCCUAUCAAUGAACAUCAAACUAGAGAGGUUGAACAGUUAACAAAUCAUCUGAAAGAAAAAACAGACAAGUGCAGUGAGCUUUUGCUCUCUAAAGAGCAGCUUCAGAGGGAUAUACAAGAACGGAAUGAAGAAAUCGAGAAAUUGGAGUUCAGAGUAAGGGAACUGGAGCAAGCCUUGCUCGUUAGUGCAGACACUUUUCAAAAGGUAGAGGACCAAAAACAGUGUGGAGCUGUAGAAGCUAAAGCAGAAUUGUCCCUAGAAGUACAGUUGCAGGCUGAGCGUGAUGCCAUAGACCGAAAGGAAAAAGAGAUUACAAACUUAGAAGAACAGUUAGAGCAGUUUAGAGAGGAACUGGAAAAUAAGAAUGAAGAAGUUCAGCAACUACAUAUGCAAUUAGAAAUACAGAAAAAGGAAUCUACUACCCGCCUCCAAGAACUGGAACAAGAAAACAAAUUAUUUAAGGAUGAAAUGGAGAAACUGGGGUAUGCCAUAAAGGAAUCGGAUGUUAUCCCUACUCAGGACCAACAUGUGUUAUUUGGAAAAUUUGCUCAAAUAAUGCAGGAAAAAGAAAUAGAAAUUGACCGAUUAAAUGAGCAAAUUGCAAAACUUCAGUAUCAACUUAAAAUUACAACAGAUAAUAAGGUUAUGGAAGAAAAAAAUGAACUGAUAAGGGAUCUUGAAACCCAGAUAGAAUGUUUAAUGAGUGAUCAAGAACGUGUUAAGAAAAAUAGAGAAGAAGAAAUUGAGCAGCUCAAUGAAGUAAUUGAAAAACUUCAACAGGAACUGGCAAAUAUUGAACAGAAGACGUCAGUGGAUGCUAAUUCUUUCCCAGAAGAAGCAGAUAGUUUAAAACAUCAAUUGGAUAUGGUAAUAGCUGAAAAACUGGCUUUGGAACAGCAAGUAGAAACCACUAAUGAAGAAAUAGCCUUUACAAAAAAUGUACUUGAAGAAACCAAUUUAAAAAUGAACCAGCUAACACAAGAAUUAUGCAGCUUAAAGAGAGAACGUGAAAAUAUGGAAAAAAUCCGAAGUGUACCGGAGAAAAGCGUUAACAUGGCUAUGGAUGAUCUGAGCAAAAUCCACCCUGAACUGGAAGUAGUCCUUGCUGAGAAUGCUCUUAAACCCCUAGAAAAUCAGACUUACUUCACAUCUUUUGAAGAAAACAGCAAAGGUUCCAUAAGUAGUUUGGAAACAAAGGUGCUACAACUUGAGGGCACUGUGAGUGCAAAGGACAUAGAACUCACUCAGUGCUACAAGCAAAUAAAGGAUAUGCAAGAGCAAGGCCAAUCUGAAACAGAAAUGCUUAAAAAGAAGAUUGUAAACCUACAGAAUAUACUUGAAGAAAAAGUUGCUGCUGCUCUUGUGAGUCAAGUCCAACUUGAAGCAGUUAAGGAAUAUGCAAAAUUCUGUCAAGAUGAACAAGCAGUUUCAUCAGAACUUGAAAGAACAAAUGUACAGAAUUUAAAUCAAGUAACAGACAAUGAGAUGGAGUCAAACGUAUUAGCAUUAACCUUGAGAAUAUCAGAAUUAGAAAGCCAGGUGGUUGAAAUGCAGACUAGUUUGAUUUUAGAAAAAGAACAGAUAGAAAUUGUGGAGAAAAAUGCUUUGGAAAAAGAAAAGAAGCUACUAGAACUACAGAGACUAUUGGAGGAGGAGAAAAAACAGGGAAAUAAAGAAAGGAAAAGAAGCCCUGAAGGAGAUUUUGAAAUUCUCAAGACAACUGCUGAGCUAAUUCAUACCAGUGAAGAAAGUGGAUUUUUUUGUCAACUUGAGGCUUUUAAAGCUGAAUCAUCAGCUAUCAAAGAAGAACUUGCCAAUUAUAAAGAGAAAGCAGAAAAGCUUCAAGAAGAGCUUUUGGUAAAAGAAACAAAUAUGGCAUCUCUUCAGAAAGAUUUAAGCCAAGUUAGAAAUCAGCUCACAGAAGCGAAAGAGAAAUUAUCCUACUUCUUAGAAAAAGAAGAUAAGACUAAGGUACAGGAAAACAGAAUAGUCUGCGUAUCAGAGCCGCUUCCUACUAACAUGGAUGCAAGUUUGGCAUCCCAGACAGAAGGGACUCUCAAGGUCAAUAGCAGCAGUCAGACUCCACAAGUUCUUGUUAGAAAUGCAGGAAUCCAAAUUGAUUUACGGAGUGAAUGUUCAUCAGAAGAAGUCACUGAAAUAAUCAGUCAGUUUACUGAAAAAAUUGAGCAGAUGCAAGAACUACAUGCUGCUGAAAUUUUGGAUAUGGAAUCCAGACAUAUUUCAGAAACCGAAACCUUGAAGAGGGAGCACUAUGUUGCUGUUCAGUUACUGACGGAGGAAUGUGGUACCUUGAAGGCAGUGAUACAGUGUCUGAGAUCUAAAGAGGGAUCCUCAGUUCCUGAAUUAACACAUUCUGAUGCGUACCAAACUAGAGAAAUAUGUUCCAGUGAUUCUGGAUCAGACUGGGGUCAGGGAAUUUAUCUCACACAAAGUCAAGGAUUUGACACAACAUCAGAAGACCGAGGAGAUGAAGGUGAAAGUUCAACAGAUUCAUUUCCAAAGAAAAUAAAGGGAUUACUAAGAGCUGUCCAUAAUGAAGGCAUGCAGGUGCUCUCCCUCACUGAGUCUCCCUAUAGUGAUGGAGAAGACCAUUCUGUUCAGCAAGUUUCAGAAUCUUGGCUAGAAGAAAGAAGAGCUUAUCUCAGUACAAUUUCAUCUCUUAAGGAUUUAAUUACCAAAAUGCAAGUGCAAAGAGAUGCUGAGGUUUAUGAAGGUUCCCAGUCUCAUGAGACCUUCCCAGACUGGCGAGGUGAACUUCUGCUUGCUCUUCAGCAAGUUUUCUUAAAGGAGCGUAGUGUUUUACUAGCUGCAUUUCAGACUGAGCUGACAGCUCUAGGUACUAAAGAUGCAGUUGGAUUAUUAAACUGUUUGGAGCAGAAAAUACAAGAACAGAGUAUUGAAUAUCAAGCAGCUAUGGAAUGCCUCCAGAAAGCAGAUAGAAGGAGUUUGUUAUCUGAAAUUCAAGCACUGCAUGCUCAGAUGAAUGGUAGGAAAAUGACUCUGAAAAGAGAACAAGAGAAUGAUCAACCAAACCAAGAACUCUUGGAGUAUACGAUGCAGCAGAAGCAGUCUCAGAUGCUGGAGAUGCAGGUGGAGCUCAGUAGCGUUAAGGACAGAGCAGCAGAACUGCAGGAACAGCUGAGUUCUGAGAAAAUGGUGGUUGCUGAACUGAAGAGUGAACUUGCACAAACUAAACUGGAACUAGAAACAACACUCAAGGCACAACAUAAGCACCUGAAGGAAUUAGAGGCGUUCAGGUUGGAAGUUAAAGAUAAAACCGAUGAAGUACAUUUGCUUAAUGACACAUUAGCAAGUGAACAGAAAAAAUCUAGAGAACUCCAGUGGGCUUUGGAGAAAGAAAAAGCCAAACUGGGACGCAAUGAAGAGCGGGAUAAAGAAGAACUUGAGGAUUUGAAAUUUUCACUUGAGGGUCAGAAACAAAGGAAUAUCCAGCUAAAUCUACUGUUGGAGCAACAGAAACAACUACUAAAUGAAUCACAGGAGAAAAUAGAAUCACAAAGAGUGCUACAUGAUGCCCAGUUAUCAGAAGAACGAGGUCGAAACUUAGAGCUUCAAGUACUUCUUGAAUCUGAGAAAGUUCGAAUACAGGAAAUGAGUAGUACCCUGGAUAGGGAGCGGGAAUUGCAUGCUCAGCUGCAGAGCAGUGAUGAUAGUGGGCAGCCUCGGCCUUCCCUACCCUCUGAGGACCUCCUUAAAGAGCUACAGAAACAGCUAGAGGAGAAGCACAGUCGCAUAGUAGAAUUGUUAAAUGAGACUGAGAAAUAUAAACUGGAUUCUUUGCAAACAAGACAGCAGAUGGAAAAGGAUAGGCAGGUUCACAGGAAGACGUUGCAGACAGAACAAGAGGCCAACACUGAAGGACAGAAAAAAAUGCAUGAGCUCCAGUCCAAAGUAGAAGAUCUUCAGCGCCAGCUGGAAGAGAAAAGGCAACAAGUUUAUAAGUUAGACCUUGAAGGAAAGCGACUACAGGGAAUUAUGCAGGAAUUCCAGAAGCAAGAACUAGAACGAGAAGAAAAACGAGAAAGUAGAAGAAUUCUCUAUCAGAAUCUUAAUGAGCCAACUACAUGGAGUUUAACCAGUGAUCGAACUAGAAAUUGGGUUCUUCAACAGAAAAUAGAAGGAGAGACAAAGGAAUCAAGCUAUCUUAAACUGAUUGAAAUGAAUGAAGGAGGAACUGGCUGUAAUCAUGAAUUAGAAAUGAUCAGACAAAAGCUUCAAUGUGUGGCUUCAAAACUACAGCAUCUGGCCCAGAAAGCCUCCAAUAGACUACAGUUUGAAACAGCAGAUGAUGAAGACUUCAUUUGGGUUCAGGAAAAUAUUGAUGGAAUUAUUUUACAACUGCAAAAAUUAACCGGACAGCCAGGGGAAGAGCCUGGUUUAGUGUCCCCUGGUACUUCUUGUGGCUCGUUGACUGAAAGACUGCUAAGACAAAAUGCUGAGCUGACAGGACAUAUCAGCCAACUGACAGAAGAAAAGAAUGAUUUGAGAAAUACAGUUAUGAAGCUAGAAGAACAAAUCAGGCGGUAUCGACAGAUAGGAGCUGGCAGAGAUUAUUCUUCCAGGUUUUCAUUCAGUGGUGGUGCCAGCAUUGAAGCCAUCAUUGCUUCUGAAAAAGAAAUCUGGAACAGAGAAAAGUUGACUCUCCAAAAAUCCUUGAAAAGAGCAGAAGCUGAAGUGUAUAAACUGAAAGCUGAACUAAGAAAUGAAACUUUACUUCACAACCUGAGCCCUGAUUCAGAGCAUGCCACUAUAAAGAGAAUUUAUGGUAAAUACCUGAGGGCAGAAAGUUUUCGGAAAGCUCUCAUUUAUCAGAAGAAAUACCUGCUGCUAUUACUGGGUGGGUUCCAGGAAUGUGAAGAUGCCACCCUGGCUCUGCUGGCCCGGAUGGGGGGACAGCCAGCCUUCACAGACCUAGAGGUGAUCACCAAUCGUCCAAGGGGCUUCACCAGGUUUCGGUCAGCCGUCAGAGUGUCCAUGGCAAUUUCUAGAAUGAAAUUUUUGGUUCGACGGUGGCAACGAGUCACAAGUUCUGGUUCCAUCAAUAUUAACAGGGAUGGCUUUGGACUGAAUCCAGGUGCUGAAAAGACUGACCCAUUUUAUCAUUCUUCUGGUGGGCUGGAGCUCUAUGGAGAACCAAGACACACUACAUAUCGAUCAAGAUCAGAGCUGGACUAUCCUAGGUCUCCUUUACCUUUUCAAAAUAGGUACCCAGGCCCUCCGGCUGAUUUAAAUCCGAGUUCAUUAGCAUGUUCUCAGCUUCAGAAUUAUGACCCCGACAGAGCCCUGACAGAUUAUAUCACACGGCUAGAAGCCCUACAGAGACGACUUGGAACUGUACAGUCAGGUUCAACCCAGUUUCAUGCUGGCAUGAGAAGAUAAUCCUUUGAAACAUGAAUCAGUGAUUUUAAACAAAAUCCCUUUUGUAAGUCCAUUCUUUUGUGCUUUUGUAUUGUGGAUAUUCAGCGGGAUCAAUAUGAACACAGCUUAUGAUUGUAUACAAAUCUCUUGCCAGCACAUGAAAACAAACUGGAAUUUGUACAUAUUAGCAUUGUGUAUGUAUUCAUGCACAAUAAUCAUUAAAUUACAUGUAUAUUUGUGGAAUGCUAAUUUAAAUGAUUAAAUUAUAAGACUUGUGUAUUUAUCGAAUGGGUGAAAAGAUUAAACUUUUGCGCAUUAUGAUACUGCUGAAUGUGUAGCUUGAGGUGUCCAGCACUUUUCUUAUAAGGCUACUGAAUUACAUGUUUCUGCCCUAAUAUAUUUGCUACUGGUGAUGAAGACAGAUACUAUCACUUGUAGAGACCUAUUUUUGUAUAAUGGUAGAAGUUUUGAAUUUUAUGGGGUAUUUUGUCAAGUACUGAAAUAAAAAUGACUUCACCAUUUUAA